CAUACCUAUUUAUUAAAACCGAGGGUAGUUCUGAAAAUAAUUGAUUAUUAAAAUAUUAGGUUUAUUGCCAAAAUGGAAAAUAAAACAGAUUUAAUUAAAAAUUGCAUUCGCAACAACGACGAACGUAAACUAAGUGAUCUAUUGAGUACAGGGUUAGAUCCAAAUUACGAAGGAGGAUGGCCGAUUCGACUAGCAGCACGUCUUGGAGCGUAUUCUCUAGUGAAGACGCUGCUACAUUAUCGUGCCAACCCUCAUUUGUUAGGAGAUUCAGGUGCAUCGACAUUGCAAUUAGCGGUAUUUUCUGAGAAGCACUGGGAUACCGAUAAAUGGGGAUUCCUAUUGUCAUGUUGCGAUUCUUCUCAGUUGGCUGACGGUGCCGCAGUCGCCAUCGUGUUUCAUAAUAUAGCUGCCAUCAAGACAAUCUUACAAACCGGACGAUGCAAUACUCACAUCCCAACAACAUUGACAGGAAAAACCGUCGAGCAGCUAGCAAAGGGAUACAAGCUAGACAGUCUAUUGACAACAACGCUUACUACUCCGCAGUCAUCGCCAAGAGUUACCAGACAAAACAGGCUGAGCGUUCGAAGCGGCGCGUCUCCUGCACAUCAUCGGAACUUAUCGCCAUCCGUAGCCAGAUUCUUUGACCAAACCGCCGGCCAGCCUUCCCUCACAACACAACGAAGCCCUAUUCAGCUGUCAUCACCUAAUGAAAGGGCCUAAACUUGGAUUGAUAACAGUGAUAAAAAUAUCGUAUAAAAAACAUGAACGCCGGCGACGAAACCGGGCGCUAAAUGAUAGAUAAAUGAGCUUUGAAUUAAUAAGUAGACUUUACGAUAGAGGUUGGUAAAAUAGGUAAUAAUUUGAUAUAAUUAUUUCAUCUUAGUUGAAUUUAUAUUUGUGCUAGUAAGGAAAUGACAAUACCUACUUAUUUAUAUGACAUGAAGCCCGAAUUUGACUCCAAUUUUAUAACUUUUUUUAAAUUACUCUGACAAACAUGUAACUUUAAAUAAAUGACCAUAAAGGAAACAAGUGAAAACCAUUUAUUUUAAUAUACAGUUAUUAGACGUAUA